GCCAGUGGGCAGAGAGGCGUGCUUGGUGGUGUACGGUGUGUGUUUUGCAGUGUCACAAGAUGAGGGCUUCUCUCUGUGUCUUCAUAUCGGCUUAUAUCAUGUUAGGAUCAUCAAGUAAUGGGAGAACAAGUGAAGGACUCGUCUGUGAUACUGACCAGGACUGCAGGGACACCGGUGCUGUCUGCGUGCAGAACAAGUGCCGUUGUGGAGAAGGCUACAUUCAGGAUCAUGCGCUAUGCAUUAAGCUUCCAGAUCUCUUGCAUUGCAGUUGUUCUUGGUGAAAAGUGCAACAGAAGCCGCGACUGCGCAGUGACGGCUGGUGGCCCGGCAGUACAGUGCUCGCAUGGUGUUUGCAAGUGUGAACGUGGCUACAGACCAACUCCUGAUAAGAGGGGCUGUGUCCUUCAGGUUUUGCUCGGUGAGGAGUGUGUCUCAGCUGAGGACUGUAUGAGCACCAGUAGCAACAGGAGUACGGAGUGCUGGCAGGGUGUGUGUUCAUGUCCGGCUGGCUUCAGGUUCACACCAGAUAGGAAGGACUGUAUCAAAGCUGCAAUCGGUGAUCCGUGUCAGAACAGUCGCGAAUGUCACGUGACCCCUCACACGAGAAUAUGUGACAACAAUAUCUGCAAAUGCAGUCGGCUCUACGUUCCAUCCAAACAGAAUAACAACACCUGCCUGAGAGUUGCCAACUAUAAUUCAUUUUGUGAGGAAGAUCAUCAAUGUCUGACGAAUAAUACGAGAUGUGAUGUCCCCAAGUGCGCAUGUAAGAAAGGCUACAAGUGGGACGCAUCUAAGUGCGUGAACAGUGAAGGAAAGGUGAUAAGCGAGUUUUGCCUGGCGGCUGUCCUACUUACGGUUCCCUUGAAGUGGUUGUGAUCAGAUUGUGUAAGUGAAAUGUAGGUUCAUUGUGGAGUAAUUAAUGUUCGUUGAACAAUAAUCUUUAAAACAACAUAGAAUUAAGCUGGAAAAUACAGUAGUAAGGUUACAUACAGUGUGCUGAAUUGACGAGGUAAUCGGGUAAUUCAUUUGAUUUUCUGUUCUUCAUUCUUUCUAUUUAGAAUUUUCUUUCGAGAGAGAACGUACAUAAAAGACGACGAAAACUUCAGUUUCUUGUGUUUUUAGUAGAAUCAACAGGGAUUAAUAAUGGAUAAGUCACUCUAUCCCAAACAUGUAAUUGUUUUCCGUAUGUUUAUGUCUUAGUUUAUAAUUAGCUUUGAAAGUUCAGUUGCGGUGAGCUAGCGGGCUUCGUCACAAACUGUGCUUUAUAGAGAGAGGAGCAAAUGGUAUAUGCCCAGUACGUUCUGAGACCAGCUCAGACAUCAAAUAAUGUGAUGUUCACACCCUGAACAAUGUUCACUCUCUCAUCAGAAGUACCUGGAAAUAAACCUACGCAAAUUUGUAAGAAAGAAAACCACAGAAUUUUCAUUGGUUACAGAAAUAAUACCAAUUACAAACUGCAGGUCUCUUGUA